AUGGGAGCUAAAUGCUCGAAUUCAAUGAUUAUUAAAGACUUCGAUGUAGAUUUAGAAGAAAGCCUUUAUAUUUAAACAAGAGAUAAAAAAGAGACAUAAAUAGGAAAUAAUGACCUUAAAAAAAAUAAAAUCUUCGAAAAUCAAUGUAUAAUUUGGAAUGAUCUGAAAUAAAGAUGGAUGAAUACAAAAAUUCUAAUAGCAUUUACUUAAAAUUUUGAAAUCAUUUAUCUUAAAGAUGGAUAAAUUCUUAGAAUGUAAAAAGAUGAUUAAUCAAUGAUAGAGAAAAAGUAAAAGACAUUUCUUAGAAACCUGAUACAUUAACUAAUUUUGAAUAAAUCAAAUUUCUUGAAUGGUUCGGAAAAUUUGAAAUAAAUCAUUUUAAGGUGGGCAAGUGGACUGCCAAUUGGAAUGGAGAAAAACUGAUGGAAGUUGGAGGCUAUUACUCAAAAGAUGGAUUAAAGCAAGGUAUAUGGAAAGAAUUAAUCAAAAAUUAUUGGACGUAAGAAUUAUUUAACAUUAAAAAGAGGAGCACAAGUCUAUGAAAUAGGAGUAUAUAUAAAUAACUAGAGAAGGGGAUUUUGGAAUUACUUAUAUGGUAAUAAUAAAAUGUAUUUAACUUAAUAAUAUAAUAGUCCAAUCGGAUAAUAUAACGAUUAAGGAUAAAAAGAUGGGAAAUGGAUAGUUUUGAGCCCUUAAUUUUGCAAGUAUUUGAGUAUUAAAAUUAAUAGCAUAAGUUAAGUCACUUAUCAUGGUGAAUAUAAAAAUGGUAGAAAAGUUGGAAAAUGGGAUACUUUUUUUCUUAGAAAUGGAAAAAAUCAAUGGAUGUAAUAUUNUUAUUAUUUUUAAAAUUUUCAAUAAAAAUAGUGGUGGAAGAUCUUAUGAAGACCAACCAGAAAUGAAGACCUAAAUGAUCCAAUUAAGAGUUGGAAGUGGAUAGAAUUAAGCGAAGGGUUUUAGAAGUAUUAAUUUUUUGGUAAAAUUAAAUUAUUAGAGAUAAUAAAGUCAAGAAGAGUAAGAUGGAGAAAGUCAGGAAAUUUGUUGUAAAAUUUGGAAUGUUUUAAGAAAUCUUUUUUAGGAAGGCACAAGAAUAACUUUAAAAAUGCAAAAUAUUAUGUUUUAAAAAACACAUAUUUAUUAUACCUUUUCUCAAUCAAAAUUAUUUCCAUUAUUUUUAAUUAUAAAUUUUAAUGGGAGCUAAAUGCUCGAAUUCAAUGAUUAUUAAAGACUUCGAUGUAGAUUUAGAAGAAAGCCUUUAUAUUUAAACAAGAGAUAAAAAAGAGACAUAAAUAGGAAAUAAUGACCUUAAAAAAAAUAAAAUCUUCGAAAAUCAAUGUAUAAUUUGGAAUGAUCUGAAAUAAAGAUGGAUGAAUACAAAAAUUCUAAUAGCAUUUACUUAAAAUUUUGAAAUCAUUUAUCUUAAAGAUGGAUAAAUUCUUAGAAUGUAAAAAGAUGAUUAAUCAAUGAUAGAGAAAAAGUAAAAGACAUUUCUUAGAAACCUGAUACAUUAACUAAUUUUGAAUAAAUCAAAUUUCUUGAAUGGUUCGGAAAAUUUGAAAUAAAUCAUUUUAAGGUGGGCAAGUGGACUGCCAAUUGGAAUGGAGAAAAACUGAUGGAAGUUGGAGGCUAUUACUCAAAAGAUGGAUUAAAGCAAGGUAUAUGGAAAGAAUUAAUCAAAAAUUAUUGGACGUAAGAAUUAUUUAACAUUAAAAAGAGGAGCACAAGUCUAUGAAAUAGGAGUAUAUAUAAAUAACUAGAGAAGGGGAUUUUGGAAUUACUUAUAUGGUAAUAAUAAAAUGUAUUUAACUUAAUAAUAUAAUAGUCCAAUCGGAUAAUAUAACGAUUAAGGAUAAAAAGAUGGGAAAUGGAUAGUUUUGAGCCCUUAAUUUUGCAAGUAUUUGAGUAUUAAAAUUAAUAGCAUAAGUUAAGUCACUUAUCAUGGUGAAUAUAAAAAUGGUAGAAAAGUUGGAAAAUGGGAUACUUUUUUUCUUAGAAAUGGAAAAAAUCAAUGGAUGUAAUAUUCGAAAUUUAGUAUUUUUAUGUCUUCCUGAGGAACAGUGGUGGUGGAGUGUAUCAAGAAUUAAAAGUUGCUGAUCAAAAGUAAGAUUCAAUUAAGAAUGGUAAAUGGAUUGAAGAGUAGGAUGGAUAUUACGAGUAUUUAAUUUCUAAUUAAAAUAUGUAAUCAGUAAGAGUCAAAUGAUUUUUGUUGGAGAAUAUAAAAAUGGUAAAAAAUUUGGAUUUUGGGAUACUAUAUAUGUUGUAUAUAGUAGGGAGUAGUAAGAAUUGAAUAAUUAUUUUUUCAUUAUAAAUAGUCCACAUUUCAAUGAUAAAUGGGGAGGUGGAAAAUAUUAAAAUUCUAUUAAGACUGGUAAUUGGGUUGAAUUGUGCAAUUUUUUUUAUUAGUAUACUUAGUUAUGAAAUAUUAAGGGAUUGUUGGGUUACAUAUGAAGGAGAAUAUAAAAAUGGUCUGAAAGUAGGGUAGUGGGAUAUUAAAUUGGAAAGAAAUAAGUUGUAAGAUUGAAAAAUAAAAUUAGUGGUGGUGGACAAUAUGAUUUUUAAAAUGACAAUGAUAACAUCGAAAGUUCAUUUAAGACUGGAUAAUGGAUUGAGGAGGCAGAUGAUUUCUUUACGUAUUUUUUUAUUUGAUAUUGUGUAGUUAUUCUAACGUCAUUCAUCAAGGUUAUUAUAAAGAUGGUAAAAAAGUUGGUAGAUGGAAUAUCAUUUCUAAAGGAGAAGUUGAACUAACGUAAUAUUUUUAUUGUUAUAAAAGUGGUGGUGGAUCUUAUUAAGAAAAAUUAAGAGAUCAUGCAGUUGAAGAUUCAGUAAAAAUUGGUAAAUGGGUUGAGUUUUGCGAGUAAUUUUAAAUGUAUUUUUAUUACAUAAAAUCGAUAGGUAUAACUAAAUUUACACCACAGGUCAAUACGAUAAUAAUGGUUGCAAAUUUGGCAAUUGGGAUAUAUUUUGUAACUUUACUUGUUUGUUUAGGGAUAAAAAAAAGAUGUAUUAAAAUUAUAUAAUAUUGUUAUUUAUAACAAAAAUUCAUAAAAAAGUGGUGGUGGAUUGUAUGUUUAGAAUGAUAACGUUGGUUACAUUAAAACUGGGAAAUGGAUUGAACUGAGCAAUGAAUAUUUUGAAUUUAAUUAAAUAACAUAUCAUGGAGAAUAUAAUAAUGGAAGAAAAGUGGGGAGAUGGGAUACUUUUUUGACUUAAAAUGAAAAAGCAGAAUUGAUGUAAUUUUUUUAAAUUAAAUAAUUACUGUUUAAAUUGUGAAAACAGUGGAGGUGGAUAAUACUAUGAAUAGCCUGGAGAUGAAAUUGUUUUAGGCUCAAUUAAGAUUGGAAAAUGGAUUGAAAUAGAUGAAUAUAGCCUCAGCAAUUUAGUCAUAUUUGUUGGAAAUUACAAAAAUAAUUAAAAAGUAGGCCUAUGGAAUGAGAUGAUGAAAAAUAAAGAUGGAAUAAACUUAGAGUUUAUUAAAAUGUAAUUCAAAAAUUAAAUUAUAUAUUUAGGAAAGAGAUAUAGUAUGAAAAAGAGUGA